AUGAACCUGAUUCUCGUGAGCCUGAAGAGCAUUCGGGAAAAUGAGGAGGGGGAGUUUUUCUUCCAAACGGACGAGCGGCAAACGAGCCAUUUAAGGAAUAUCCUAAAGGUUCACUUAAACCAAGUAGUUAAAGUGGGCGUGAUAAACCGAGGAAAAGGCGAAGGAGUAAUUACCGAAGAAAGCAACAAACAUUACACAAUUAAACUGCUAAAAGCAAUACAUUUGCAAAAAUCAGAAGACACAUACAUACCGAUCGAUGUAGUCAUUUGCAUCCCAAGACCAAAGGUGUUGAAUAAAUUUCUGCAGCAAUUAUCCUCCGUAGGUGUAAAAAAAAUUGUCAUCGUAUUUUCUGACUUUGCAAAUAAAUCCUACGAAUCAAGUAAAGUUUUAAAAAAUGAGGAAAUAAAAAAUGCCCUUCAACUUGGAUUGGAACAAGCCAUGUGUACCCAAUUCCCACAAAUUUUUAUUCACUACUCUUUUAGUUCUUUUGUCAUGAAUAUUGACAGAUAUAGUGAUGAGAAAACGAUCAGGCUGUGUGCGCAUACUGAAGUGAGAAGAAACGACAGUUGUGUAGAACGAGAUAUUUUGUCUACACAGCAAGGGAAGAUACUCCUUAUGGUAGGUUGUGAAAGGGGAUUUUCCGAAUUGGAAAUUUAUUUAAUUAAAAAAUUGCAAUUUCGCUUUUUCAAUUUGACGGAACGGAUAUUGAAGUGCGAAACGGCAUUACUCGUCAUUAUUGGUCAGUUGUUAUUACUUACAGAGAAUGUGGCGCUGCGGCCCAGCGGGCGAAAAAUGUGCCGCCAUAAAGGUUGUGCCGGUUCAGAGCAGGGCACGGGCGUCUCCCGAACGGAGAAUGAUCCUUUCGCCGAAAUUAAAAAGUUACUAACGACGGAGCGGUCUUUUCCCCCCGAAUUAGUAAACACCGUGAACGAUUUUAUUAACAGCAGUGCUAACCAUAGGGAUGCGCUCGAAAGUGCUGACCCCUGUGAUGAGCAAAAAAGUGGACACAUAAUCGGAGGGAUGAACGACGUUGAUGCCCUCCUUCGAAGCAUACACGCGCUAAGUACAAACAAGGAUCAGGAGGAGAAUUUUGAAAAUAUCUACUUAAGUCUGCUACUGAAAAAAAUCAAGUACAAAAAUAAAUUUAUUCUGUCCUACGCGGAUGAGCAAAACAAUGUGGACGACGACGGGGUAUGCAUAUACAGAACGCGUCCAUAUGUGUCGAAAAAAAAAAAAGGCCCGUCCUGA